AAUUAAAUACACCUGAAAGAGAAACAGGACAUUUGUGCUAAUGACCCCAUAUAGGCUUCUCUGUUGAACUUCAACUUUUCCACCACUGUGAAGUGAAAAGGCAGAAGGAGAAGUGCCCUCAGCCCAAGUAAGCUAUUGGAACUCCUUUCAAGCUUCUUGUUGUAUAGAAGAUAUGCGUUAGAUUCUGAGUAAAUGUUGUUGAACUCGAAUAUACGCCCUAGAAUUGGAGGAACCUUGCCUAGGUAUAGAAAGCUUCGCAAGAUUCUAUGGUUUGGUUCAUAUAAUAAUCGUGUUUGUGUUGAAUUUUCUGGAAAAUUUGGGACUUGUGAAUCGGGAAUCCAUUUUCGUGGAGACCCAUUUACUUACAAUGGAGUAAUCAUUGCAUUAUUUUCCUCAUGGACAUCUAGAAGUGAUAGGCCUAAGUUUAAUCGGAACCCUAAAUUAUACUUGGAAAAUGGUGAUUGUGAUGGUACUGGAGAUAGGUAUGCUGUAAAAGAAAAAUUGGGUUCUAAAGAAAGUAAAGUUUUGAGCUUUUCUGAUACUUCUAUUGAUGAUGAUGGAAAAAACUGCAGUGAUAUAGAUAAUGCUAAUAGUUGUAGGUUUGACGAUGUCCAUGAGUUUGAAGAGUCAGCGAAUGAAGAUGGAGAAGGAGAUUUGGACUGUACUGAUGAUGUUUUUAAGGCUUUGGAUUCAUUUGGUAAAAGUCAAAAGCAAGUCAACAGGGCAGAAAAUGUUGGCAUUUCUGGAAGAAUUGAUGGGGUUGAAGAUGAAAUGAGACAUCCUUUGGUUAAGGAAACAUGUAGAUUAAUUGAACGUCAGUCGGUUUGGAAUCCAAAGCUUGAAAUAGAAUUGAGGCGUUUGCUAAGAAGUAUGAAGCCUCAACAAAUUUGUGCUGUGUUAAGGUCUCAAUCAGAUGAAAGGGUUGCUUUGAAAUUCUUUUAUUGGGCAGACCAGCAGUGGCGGUACCGACAUGACCCUAUUGUUUACUAUAUGAUGCUUCAACUUCUAAGCAGGACAAAGUUGUGUCAGGGAGCUAAGCGCAUUCUUAAACUGAUGGCACGAAGAAGAAUUCCACGGAGACCUGAAGAUUUCGGUUGUGUGAUGGUUGCUUUUAGUCGAGCUGGACAUUUAAGGAAAGCAAUGCAGAUCCUGAAUGUGAUGCAAAGAGCAGGAAUUGAGCCUGAUUUGUCUAUAUGCAACACUGCAAUUUAUGUUUUGGUGAAGGGAGAUAAAAUUGAGAAAGCAUUGAGGUUUCUGGAGAGGAUGCAACUAGUUGGGAUAACACCAAAUGUUGUUACAUACAAUUGCUUAAUCAAAGGUUAUUGUGAUGUGCAUCGUGUUGAAGAUGCAUUAGAGUUGAUUGCUGAAUUACCGUAUAAGGGCUGUUACCCAGAUAAAGUUAGUUAUUAUACUUUGAUUGCAUUCUUUUGCAAGCAGAAACAAAUUGAUGAAGUGAGAGAGUUGGUGGAGAAAAUGGCUAAAGAUAGUAACUUAUUGCCAGACCAGGUUACGUAUAACACUAUUAUUCAUAUGCUUUCAAAGCACGGCCAUGCUGAUGAAGCCUUAGGAUUCAUAAAGGAAGCUGAAGAAAGAGGAUUCCGAAUGGAUAAAGUGGGCUAUAGUGCUGUAGUGAACUCCUUCUGUAAAGAAGGAAGUUUAGAUAAGGCAAAGGAACUGGUCAAUGAAAUGAUUGCCAAAGGAUGUCCUCCUGAUGUGGUUACUUACACUGCAGUUCUGAAUGGGUUUUGCCUUGCAGGGAGAAUUGAUCAAGCAAAAAAGUUACUCCAACAUAUGUACAAAUAUGGUUGCAAGCCAAACACUGUAACAUACACUGCCUUGUUAAACGGGCUUUGCCAGAUUGGAAGGUCUGCCGAGGCGCGAGAGAUUAUGAGCACGUGUGAGGAGUGGUGGUGGAGACCGAAUGCUAUCACAUUUAGUGUGGUAAUGCAUGGUUAUCGUAGGGAAGGAAAACUGUCUGAAGCCUGUGAGGUAGGUAGGGAAAUGAUUGGAAAGGGCUUUUUCCCUUCUCCCGUUGAAAUUAAUCUGAUAAUUAAAUCUCUUUGCCAAGAGGGCAGAGCAGAUGAAGCAAAGAGGUUUAUGGUAGAAUGUCUGAAGAAAGGAUGUGCUGUUAAUGUGGUGAAUUUCACCACUGUAAUUCAUGGUUUCUGUUUAAAGAAUGAGUUGGAUGCUGCUCUCUCAGUCCUUGAUGACAUGUAUUUAAUCAACAAACACCCCGAUGUUGUCACAUAUACAACGCUAAUCGACGGAUUAGGAAAACAAGGAAGGAUGGAAGAGGCUAUUGAUCUGUCGAUUAAAAUGCUUCAUAGGGGUAUGCUUCCCACUGCUGUGACAUAUCGUACAGUCAUCCAUCGAUUUUGUCAGCAACGUAGGGUGGAUGAUCUGUUGGAAUUACUGGAGAAGAUGCUUUCAAGACAGGGGUGCAAGACUGCCUAUAAUCAGGUUAUUGAAAAACUUUGUGGUUUAGGAUAUCCUGAUGAGGCUUAUAAGCUAUUGGGAAAGGUCCUCAGGACAGCUUCAAGAGUUGAUGCAAACACCUGCCGCAUUCUUAUAGAGAGCUAUUUAAAGGAAGGGAACCCUCUUUCAUCAUAUAAGGUGGCAUGUCGAAUGUUCAACCGAAAUCUGAUUCCUGACUUAAAGGUCUGUGACAAGGUGAGGGAUAGAUUGAUGCAAGGUGGCAGAGUAGAAGAGGCUGAUAAGCUCAUGUUGCGCUUUGUCGAGCAUGGCCAUAAGUUGCCUCAGCUUCAGAGGGCUUGAGUUUUGACUAGUAAAGAGGAAAUCAUUGUGUUUCUCAGGACAUAUUACUGUUCUGACAAGGCUACAAUAGGAAAGUAUAGACAUUAAAAGGCAAAUGAUUCAGUAGCUCAUUCUAUUUCAGAAAUAAGUCACUGUCUCAGGCAUAACAAGAUUUUUUGAAAUGCUGGUGGUUUCUCGGACCAGAGUGGUGAUAUGGACAUCAAGUAUUGGACACAUCCCAGAGAUCUUUUUUCAUGGUAUGACAUUUUCUAUUCCCAAUUGCAUUUAUUUUUCUAUUAUACAUAAGUGAGUAAGAUUGGGAUGAACACUGCAACCAACAAUUGUACGAAGAGCAAUAUACUAGAAACUUGGACA